AUGAGCGCAUCAGCUGGACUUUUUGAUCGCCUGCCUAACGAACUCAAGAGCCAAAUAUUUGUCGAGCUACCCAAGCAUGAUCUUCGACAAGUCAGCCUGACGUGCAAGUCGCUCCGGGCUUGCGCCGCAGAAGAUGUCUUCCAGAAGGUUGCGCUGCGCGACACUGCCUCUCUUGACGCUUUCUUGCGUGAUGUUCGGAUGUCCAGCAGCUUUCGCGAUGGCAUCACCGGCCUCGAAAUUGAUUUCUGGACAGAUCGCUGCACACAUUGGGGACAAGCAUGUGUCGAACUGAUACACAUGUUGCCACAUCUCAAAUCACUUCACUUUGGCAAAGAUGUCUGGGAAGCGGUCUGCAGAGCAUCCAAUCAGGUCCCCGCCUGCGCACCGGGGCUGACUAGCUUGGCAUUCUUCAAUAUCGGUGGCAUCGAUGGACGAUCAUCCCAGCUCAUCUCUCUCGCUGCCAAGUGGAUACGUGCUUGUCCAUGUCUCCUUCAACUCGAUAUCAGUGGCUACAAAGGCUUCGAUGAUUUCGUCGGUGCCGCAUUUGACCAGCUUGCCGAUGUUGCCUGCGCAAUCGCACAGCAUGGCUCGCUAGAGAAACUCAAGAUGCUUCCUGUCACUGGCGAGAGCUUUCACGAGGAGUCGACGAUGACAAGUUGGACCAGCGGGUGGACUUGCGCGCUCACGGAGAUCACUCUGACGAUGGAAACGACUAUGGCGGUCAUCCGAUCAUUGCUUUUGCCACAUCACUCAUCAUUGCAGAGACUUACUCUGGCGUCCAUCUGGGAGGGUGACGACGAAGAGAGCCCGUCAGGAACAGCUGACAAGACGUGUCUGCCAGCCCUGAAGCGACUGGCGAUCCAGCGCGAAAGGGGCGCAGAGCAAAUCUUCGCCGUCUACACGAUGCCAAACCUGGAAACGCUUGCGAUGAGCGAAGAGGCUGUCGAUUGUCUGGAUCUGUUCAGCGAGCACGAGCAAGCAGUUCCCACUCGGUCACUGAAAUUGCUGGAGCUCUACCUCACUUUCGAUACGCUCGAUAGAGAGAGGGGCUUCAAUGGGCGCCUUCUCCUCGAAUUGUGCGAGGCGCGCAAGCUCCCUUUGGUCUGCUUGACGCUCGAUGGCGAAGAGCGAGAUGCUGCCUGGACUUACGCCUGUUGCAUCUAG